CAGAUUGUGGCGGCGGGCCGCGCGGUGCGCUAGUUCCUUGCAGCCUGGGCGAGGAGACUUGCGCGCGGGCACACCCCCACGUCCCUUAGGCGCCGCUGCCUCCGCUCCACUGGCCUCCGCUCCGCCCAGCCUUCUGCCGCACGCCCGUAGCGACAUGGCACACGCGGCGGUACGCUGCCCCAGCGCUCGGGGCUCCGGGGACGGCGAGAUGGGCAAGCCCAGGAAGGUGGCGCUCAUCACUGGCAUCACGGGCCAGGAUGGUUCAUACUUGGCUGAGUUCCUGCUGGAGAAAGGCUACGAGGUCCAUGGAAUUGUGCGGCGAUCCAGUUCAUUCAAUACAGGUCGAAUUGAACAUCUGUAUAAGAACCCCCAGGCUCAUAUUGAAGGAAACAUGAAGUUGCACUAUGGUGAUCUCACUGACAGUACCUGCCUUGUGAAGAUCAUUAAUGAAGUAAAGCCUACGGAGAUCUACAACCUUGGAGCCCAGAGCCAUGUUAAAAUUUCUUUUGACUUGGCUGAAUAUACUGCAGAUGUUGAUGGAGUUGGCACUUUGCGGCUUCUGGAUGCAGUUAAGACCUGUGGCCUUAUCAACUCUGUGAAGUUCUACCAAGCCUCAACUAGUGAACUUUAUGGGAAAGUGCAAGAAAUACCUCAGAAGGAGACAACUCCUUUUUAUCCUCGGUCACCGUAUGGGGCAGCAAAACUCUAUGCCUAUUGGAUUGUGGUGAACUUCCGUGAGGCAUAUAAUCUCUUUGCGGUGAAUGGCAUUCUCUUCAAUCACGAGAGUCCUAGAAGAGGAGCUAAUUUUGUUACUAGAAAAAUUAGCCGGUCAGUGGCUAAGAUUUACCUUGGACAACUGGAAUGUUUCAGCCUGGGAAAUCUGGAUGCCAAGCGAGAUUGGGGCCAUGCCAAGGACUAUGUAGAGGCUAUGUGGCUGAUGUUGCACAAUGAUGAGCCAGAGGAUUUUGUCAUAGCUACUGGGGAAGUCCAUAGCGUUCGGGAAUUUGUAGAGAAAUCAUUUUUGCACAUUGGAAAAACCAUUGUGUGGGAAGGAAAGAAUGAAAAUGAAGUGGGCAGAUGUAAAGAGACCGGAAAAAUUCAUGUGACUGUGGAUCUCAAAUACUACCGACCAACUGAAGUGGACUUUCUGCAAGGAGAUUGCACCAAAGCGAAACAGAAGCUGAGCUGGAAACCCCGGGUCGCUUUUGAUGAGCUGGUGAGGGAGAUGGUGGACGCCGACGUGGAGCUCAUGAGAAACAACCCCAACGCGUGAGCGCGACCGCGGAGCCCCGAGCCGCCCCUGCCGGCCUACGGUCCCUGCUUGGAAUCGGCGGGUGCGGGGCCGCAGGUGUGAUCCUGGGAGGGGCGGGAGAAUCCGGCCCGUUCCGUGCGACCCUCCUUGCCACUGCGCCUUAUUCCCGCCGUUAGGAUGUGGGACGGCUGAGGUUUGUAGCAGCCGGGACGUGGCACUCCGGGGUUCGGCCCAAUUUCCAUUUGUCGAGGCCUCUUCUGAAGGGUUUUGUGAAAUCAACAAGAUGUUUUAAUCACAAGUUCACUAUACUUGAAAUUAUGUCAUUAGACAACUGAAAUUGUGGGGCUUUCAAAUUGUUUUUCUCUUUUAUUAAAAAUGUCCUUUCUAUGAACUAGCA